AUGGAACACCACUACGCUCCUCAUCCGGGAACGACCUUCCGAGGAAGACCACGAAUUACUCUAGCAACCCUUUUGCAUCAAGACCUAACUUUGAAUGAAAAAGGGUUGAAAUCUGCAGACGAUCUUGAGCACCUGAGGGAAUUAUCGAGGAACAGAGGGACUUGGAAGCGAUUAACAAAACGCAUCCAGGAGAUGUGGGCCCUCAGUCGAAUAUCCCUUCCUUAUACCCAAAAGAGACCUCAAAACAUAAAAUCUGAAACAAUAGUUGUUGAAUUCAGUUCUCCAAAUAUUGCCAAACCUUUUCAUGUGGGGCAUCUGCGUUCAACAAUAAUCGGAAAUUAUGUGGCUAAUAUAAACCGUAUUUUUGGUCAUAAAGUAUACAAAAUAAACUAUUUGGGAGAUUGGGGAACACAAAUAGGUCAGCCAUAUCGGAAAAUUGUAGGAUUACUAACUCUUGGCUCAACAAGAGCCACAAAUUUAAAGCAAACAGCGGCAAGUUUGGCUUCAUCAGCACUUAUUUUGAACGAAUUGAAAUUCCCACGUGAAAAGGAUGUCGAAUUUGACUGGAAAAGAGUUUUGGACUUUGAUAUCAACUCGGGGAUAUCCUUACAAUACUGUCAUGCAAGACUGCAUAGGUUUGAUCCGAAUGUAAUGCUAAGUUUACUCCAAAAUGUCAGACAUAAAGUCACGUGUUCAAAUUUUGACUUAGUGGUCUCUAAUUUAUCUCAGUCAGAGGCAAUUGAUUUAAUAUUGCACUUAAUAACAAGGCUGAUAAAUCGUGGGAUUGGAGUCUUGAGGAUUCAAGGGGUCGAUAUUCAGGAAGCGCGUGUAGUGCUGUUUGAGCAGUGCCGACGAACUUUGGCACACGGAAUGCUUGUUUUGGGAAUUCAACCGCUGAUUAAUAUUUGA